CGCAGAACGUGCAACCCCCCUUUAUGGUGGUAUAAUUAGAGGCCUGUUCCUACAUUUCCCCCAGAUCUCGAAUGAAGUGAGAGCAGGCUCUACAGCCAAAAACCGAGUCUGAGAAGUCUGUCGUUUCCGUUGGCAAUAAAGUACCAGGCAUUGCGGCAAUGUUUCGACGACUGGUCCGACCGAGGCAUUUCUUGCCUCGUUGGAAUCUAUUACAAGUACCUGGUUGUACUGUCUGCCGUAUGGGCAUUGCUACGUACAAGAAACCCUUUUUUGAAAAUGAACCGAGUCCAUCGUAUGCCAAGGGAUCAAUUGAACGUAGAGGAAUCACGAAAGCUCUCGAAAGGUUGAAGGCAGAGCUGCCAAUUCAGAUCCCACUAAUGAUUGGGGGGCAAAUAAUUAGUGGGAGCUUCUCAGAAAAACAAUUGAAUCCUUCUCAACACAGACAACCUUUAGCAGAAUGGGCGCCAGCGAAAGAAGCACAUGUUCACCAAGCAAUCAAUUCUGCGUUAGCAGCCAAAUCUGCGUGGGAAGAUCUCCCAUUCGAGGACCGUGCAGCCGUGUUCCUUAGAGCGGCUGACCUGGUGACAGGGAAAUAUCGCUAUGAGAUCAUUGCCGCGACAAUGCUAGGCCAGGGGAAGAAUAUCCACCAAGCUGAGAUUGAUGCUGCAGCAGAGACAGCAGAUUUAUUCCGAUUCUAUGUUCAAUGUGGAAUGGAACUUCUAGCACAGCAACCGACUGUCAAUCCACCGGGUGUAUGGAAUAGACUUGAAUACCGGCCACUAGAAGGGUUCAUUUAUGCGAUUUCUCCCUUCAACUUCACCGCUCUUGGGGGGAACUUGGUGGCUGGGCCAGCCUUAAUGGGCAAUGUCGUUAUUUGGAAACCCUCACUAUAUGCCUUGCAUGCGAGCUGGCUUCUCUAUAACAUUUUGUUGGAGGCUGGCCUCCCCAAGGACGUGGUUCAAUUCGUUCCAGGGGACGCCGAAGAAAUCAGCAGAAUCCUAUUUGAUAGUCCUCAUUUUGCCGGUCUGAACUUCACCGGAUCCACCCAAGUUUUUAAAAGCCUGUUGGGCAAUAUAGGAGUCGCUACAGCGGAGGACAAAUAUUUGAGUUAUCCCAGAGUUGUUGGAGAGACUGGAGGAAAGAACUUCCAUGUCAUCCAUCAGAGCGCAGAUAUUGAGAACGCAGUCAACAACACCAUUCGAGGAGCCUUCGAAUACCAGGGACAGAAAUGCUCAGCCACGUCCCGUGUAUACGUCGCGGAGUCUAUCUGGCCGCAAGUGAAAGAAGGCAUCGUGCAGAAGACCAAAGCACUCAAAGUCGGCAGCCCAGAAAAUUACGAAAAUUUCGUCAACGCAGUGAUCCACGAAGAUGCCUUCAAUCGACUUGCAGAUGUCAUCGAAAAAGCCAAAACCGACCCCGCCCUCACACUACUUGCGGGUGGGAAGACCUCCAAGGAAGAGGGAUACUAUAUCUAUCCCACCGUCUACCAAACCAGCGAUCCCCAGCACGAGCUUAUGCAACGAGAGCUCUUCGGCCCAAUCUGCACAAUCUACGUCUUUCCCGACGACAAGUGGACCGAGACGCUCAAACUCAUUGACGGGACUUCCAAAUACGCCCUCACAGGAAGCGUCUUCGGCCGCGACCCGCUCGCGCUCCGCGAAGCGGAAACGGCACUUCGACACUCGGCGGGCAAUUUUUAUAUCAAUACUAAGAGUACGGGAGCGGUCGUUGCGCAGCAGCCGUUUGGGGGCAGUCGCGGAAGUGGCACGAAUGAUAAGGUUGGGUCGGUGAAUGUGUUGCUUCGGUUUGCGAGUAUUCGAGCUAUCAAAGAGGACUUCGUAGGCGCGAGGGAGAUCACGUAUGCUAGUAAUGAAGUGUAGAAUCUUGCAAUUAGGAAAAAGUACUCUAGGGGCGCUAUGGGGAUAUUGACUUGCUGAACUUGGAUUAUAUAUAUGCGCUUGUUUCUGUUACCCCUAGGGGUUUUGACGAGGAGAUUUCGAAGGCUGUUCAUCAAUACUGGUUUCAUCUUCAGCGUCUAUGCGUACCAUACGCCAGCUUUCCUAUUACACUCGAUCACAUAGGUAUAAGAUCGACCCUUCUCAGACUUAGGACAGCAGAUCUAAGACAUGAAAUAUCCUCCUGUCUAACUGGU